AUGAUGUCCCUGUCACUGGGUGACAAGCAGCUGAAGAAAAGGGCUGAGAUUGACAUGAUCCAAGGGGAAAUCCAGAGAACCAAGCGAUGUACAAAAGAACUGAUGUUUGAAACAAAAACGGUUGCCGUCGGAGACAGCGUGACACUGACGUGUCCCCGGCUGACUUCUGAGCAUAACGCAUUUUUGUAUUGGAUCAGAUUUGUGUCUGGAAACGGGCCUGAAUUCUUGGGAGGAACGUACUCAUUUGACUCACUCACUGGCGGUAAAAAGACGCCUGACAUCACAACUAAACAAGAGCCAGGAACUUUUAUUAUGCAUAUUAGUAACUUUAAGCAAAGUGAUGCUGGUCUUUACUGCUGUAUAAAAGUCGAACGGCUCAAUUUGACAUUUUUGAAAGGAGAUGUUUUGAUAAUAAAAGAAAAAGAGCCAAACAUUACUGCCAUCAUCCAACACCCUUCAUCUGCUUCAGUUCAUCCAGGGAGCCUUGUGACCUUACACUGUUCAGUCCUUUUUAACGCUGGGAAAAAUACCUGUGAGUCAAAUCACCGUGUCUACUGGUUCAGAGCUGGAUCAGACCAGUCUCAUCCCAGUUUAGUUUACGCACAUAGAAACAGUGGUGAUGAAUGUGACUGGAGUCCUGAAGCAGCGUCUGGACAGAAAUGUCUUUACAGCUUCUCUAAGAAAGUCAGCGCCUCUGAUGCCGGGACUUACUACUGUGCCGUGACCACAUGUGGACAGAUACUAUUUGGAAAUGGAACAACACUGGACAGUGAAGAAAACGAGUGA